UCUUACCAUAAACGAAUGGGUUAAAAUCCCCCCAAAAAAACUCAGUCGUGUCAUCAGCUUUUAGAUGGAUAUGAAAUAUUAGGACAGAUGACAUCCUGCCCCCAGGGCCAAGUCCAAUGUUCUUAUUUUUAAAAGCAAACUAAAAAUAUGAGCGGGUGUUGUUUUCUGGUCAAUUUAUUAGAGAGGUUUUUAAUGGGUUAAUGGGUUUUAUGAAUCUGUGCAUUUUUAAAAAGGUACAAUUUCAACCCUAUUCUCUAAUGGAAAAAAUGUCAUCUCUGUAAAUGCUGACCAAAAAUUUGAAUGUCUGUAAACAAAAUUGCGGAGAUAAAAUUGGUUGGACAAACCUCAGAAAUAAUAUUGUUUCAAAUAAUUUCCAUUCGGUAGCUGCAGCGAUGACAGCCAUAAAUAAACACUGCAGUGGUGAGGCCAAGGUCAAGGCCACUGCACUGAAUGACAUGAAGUAGUGUGGACAUUUUAGUGGGAGUAGCAGUCGUGGUAAUACAGUAUAUUUUGUCCCUUCUUCCUGUUUUCCAUCGUAUCUCCUGAGAUGGCACGGGGGGAAAGAGGAAGCGUGGGGGUUGAAAGAGACGCAUUUUGCCAUUUGUUGCCGAUACUUUUUCGUGGAAGGAAACUUGAACUGUCUGGCUGUAGCAGGUUGUGGGCGGGGGUGAGAACAGAGGACAAAAACAGAGAGGGGGUCAAGGGUAAGAUGACGCUGAAGAACAUGGACACAGAUGGUUGGAGGCAAAAAAAAAAAGCCGCAGCGUUACCUUAAAAAGCCCUUUUGAGGUCUUGUUUGGUACAAAUGCUUAUUGUGUCAGCGGUCUUAUGAUGUGAGGCCUGGCCAACAGAACAAACCCCUUUCACUGCGGGUUAUAAAGGAGCUGGAUUUGUAUUUGUCUUUGAGCCUACACUUUGAUUGGUCAAUUUGGAUUCUGUUGCCAAUGUGGUUUAUUCUCAGAGGUGACUAAUAGUUUCUGAUUGUCCAAGGCAUUUAUAUUUUCAGCACAGCAUCCAUUGUGUUGCUGCCACUGUGGCCGUGGUGAGUUUUCUCCUCCAGAGCUUCUCUGUAUUUGCAGUCACAUCAGGUAAAACAUUUAAAAUUCAGUAUUUAUUGAUGUGAGCAAAACAAAAACUAAUAACACCGUUUGUUAUUUAUCUCCAACCAAUCGUCAUUGUGCUCAAGUUCACCGGGAUUAAUGUGCUUCAGCUUCUCACGGACCCAUGAGAUGUCAGUGCAGUUGCAGAGACUCUCAGGUUGGGAGGAGUCGCCAUUUCCACUUUGCCAUUUCAGGGUGAGGGAGUCAAACACUUGCACAGUCUCCCCUGAAACCAGAGAGAGCUGACCUUAAAGGAGUAUUUAAACAUAAGGCUUACUCAACACUGAAAGUCAGAGGGGGGGCUCGAUUGUUUGCUGUUGUAACUUGGCUUGCUUUAGUGUUGCUAGUGCCCAGGAUACUGUGAUACUGUGAUACUGGUUCAGUCUUGGAAGGAGAUUGACCUUCUGUAAACUUUGGUGCUGGGCUGAGGACAAUAGGUUUGUGGUAAGAAUCCUGAAGAAGAGCUGAGAACAACAAGUGAAGUGUCUCAUACUCUGGACUUUGGACAAUUAAUAUGAUAAAGGUCUCAUCAUCAUUAUCAGGAUCAGUCGACUGGUGAAGGAAGGUGUAGACAGGCUGUCUCACACUAAAAUAUGGAAUGCUCCCUGCACCGACCAUCACUAGUCUCCAAUCUUUGGACUGAACUCCAAACACUUAGUUAGCAGCUGUGCUUCUCCCCUUGAACUCUAGACAACUAGGGGACAUAAGAAAAGUGGGCUUACCAAGUCCUCUGCUAAAAACACCGCACACUGCACUUCUUCUUAGAGAGAAAUUGUAUCUAUUUUUUUUUCUCCACUUGGAUUUGUUUCUUCUGAAAUCGCAUCAAGAUGGAUAUGGAAUCAUAUCUGUGGAUGGUCAUCGUUGGCUUCAUUAUCGCCUUCAUCCUGGCCUUUUCUGUGGGCGCUAACGAUGUUGCCAACUCGUUCGGAACAGCCGUGGGCUCCGGCGUGGUCACGCUGAAGCAGGCCUGCAUCUUGGCCUCCAUCUUUGAGACGCUGGGCUCCAUGCUGCUGGGAGCAAAAGUGGGCGAGACCAUUCGGAAGGGCAUCAUAGAUGUCAACCUGUACAACGACACGGUGCCCGUGCUCAUGGCAGGAGAGGUCAGCGCCAUGGUCGGCUCGGCCGUCUGGCAGCUGAUCGCCUCUUUCCUCAAACUGCCCAUUUCUGGGACUCACUGCAUUGUCGGCGCCACCAUCGGUUUCUCCAUGGUGGCCAUCGGCACCAAGGGAGUGCAGUGGAUGCAGCUGGUGAAGAUUGUGGCUUCAUGGUUCAUCUCCCCUCUGCUCUCUGGACUCAUGUCUGGUCUCCUCUUCUUGCUCAUCAGACACUUCAUCCUCACCAAGGACGACUCUGUCCCCAACGGUCUGCGAGCGCUGCCUGUCUUCUACGCCACCACCAUUGGGAUUAACACAUUUUCCAUCAUGUACACUGGAGCCCCCUUGCUGGGGUUGGAGCUGCUACCGGUGUGGGCCAUAUUCCUCAUAACCUUAGCCGGGUCACUGGUCUGUGCAGCGGUGGUCUGGUUUUUCGUGUGUCCUUGGAUGAGGAGAAAAAUAGCAAGUCAACUGAAGAAGAACCAGGCUUUGUCCAGGAUCUCAGACGAUAGUCUCGACAAGAUACCCGAGGAUGAGGAGGAGAACCCAGUCUUCAAAGAGCUCCCAGGAGCCAAAGGGACAGACGAAGCUGUGGUGCCGCUCACCGCAGGCAGUGAUCGGGGCACCCGUCAGUCCAGCGGAGAGCUCACCAACCUGGCCAAUGGCGGCACCGUCUUGCCGAACGGCAGGUUUUACGGUCGGACACACUCCAUGACCAACGGCUGCCUCAAGUCUCCUGUCUCCAACGGCAGCUUCAGCUUUGAAGGACCCACACGCAGCGAUGGUCAGGUGUACCACACGGUACACAAGGACUCGGGUCUGUAUAAGGAUCUGCUUCAUAAAAUCCACCUGGGCCGCAUGGAUGACGGCGACCGCUCGGGCUUCAACCCCCAGCCCGACAACAACUACCGCCUGCUGCGCCGCAACAACAGCUACACCUGCUACACCGCGGCCAUCUGCGGCAUGCCGGUGCAGCCACUCAUUUGCACGGAGCCACGCGAUGACAGCGAGAAGCUGGUCGGCGAGGGAGGCGCCCGGAGCAACAGCGUGUCCUAUUCCAAGAAGAGGAUACGCUACGACAGCUACUCGUCGUACUGCAACGCCGUAGCCGAGGCGGAAAUCGAGGCGGAGGAGGGAGGCGUGGAGAUGAAGCUGGCCACAGAACUGGAGGGCCUGGAGGAGGAGGAGGGGAUGCCGGAGCCGAUGCCUCUGGAUGAUCUGACGGAGGAGGAGGAGGAUCAUGAGGAGAAGGACAAGCCUGAGGUGUUCCAGCUUUUCCACUUCCUGCAGAUCCUGACGGCCUGCUUUGGAUCCUUCGCCCACGGAGGCAACGAUGUCAGUAAUGCCAUCGGGCCCCUGGUGGCGCUGUGGAUGAUCUACGACCAGGGUGGUGUGAUGCAGGAUGCUAACACUCCUAUUUGGCUGCUGUUAUACGGCGGUAUUGGCAUCUGCGCCGGUUUGUGGGUGUGGGGCCGCCGAGUCAUCCAGACCAUGGGGAAGGACCUGACUCCCAUCACCCCCUCAAGUGGAUUCACUAUUGAACUGGCCUCUGCGCUGACAGUCGUGUUGGCUUCCAAUAUCGGAAUCCCUGUCAGUACCACACACUGCAAGGUCGGCUCUGUCGUAGCUGUGGGUUGGAUCCGCUCCAAGAAAGCCGUGGAUUGGCACCUUUUCCGAAACAUCUUUCUGGCGUGGUUCGUCACGGUGCCCGUGGCCGGCCUGUUCAGCGCCGCCGUCAUGGCCUUGUUCGUGUACGGCAUCCUGCCCUUCGUCUGAGAGCGCGUCACUGGAGUGCCGCAAAUGAGGAAAGGAAAAAGAGUGAGGAGUGAUGGUGGACAGAGUGGCACGGGUGGUGGAACUUGGUUGUACCGUAGGUAUGAGGAGGGUUGCCCAGCUGUGGAGUCCAGAGAUCUGCUUUUAGAAUCUGUUCUUAUUUGGGUUCAAGAGAAGGAAUUUGAACGUCAUGACGAUCUGCUGUACAUACAAAAAGAGAAACCAUAUCAAUGACCAUCAAAUUAAAAAAAAAAGUCAAAUAUCAUCAAAAAAGUCAUGACUCCAACAACAAAUAUGAAAUACAAACAUGACUAAACGGAUGUUUAAUCUUUUUGCCUGCUGCUCAAAUGCUCAUUAUUAUGGUAUCAUUACUAUAAUUAUUAUUAUUAUUCUAAAAUGCAAGAAAGCAUCACUGUCAGAGUCCACACCGAGUACAGCUGUGGUCAGACAGACAGGACGCCUCGGGGAGAGAGGGUUAGAGGGACUGUCACUCUGCUUUAUUUUCCAUGUGAUAUCAUAGAAACUUGAUUUGCUAAAGAGUUGAUUUUUUUUUUUUUUUUUUUGUCAAAAGCUCCAGUAUGUUUUUAGAGAUGGAUCUCAUAUUUUUAAAAUGAUGUAUUUUACUGUAAUUUGUACUGUAAAUACUGUCCUUAAUAGUUCUGGGGGGGAGGGAGUCGUGGAGAUUGUGGUUUGUAUUUAAUGUUGUGAGGGGGAUGCAGGGGAUUCCAACUUUCAUGAUAUCAUAUCAGUGUGUCUCAGUCCAGACCCUCAGAGAAGAGAAAAACCAGUUCAUAACACACACACACUAAUGUCAGACACACCGCUUCUCCAGCAGGUGGCACAAGUCUACUAGAGUAUUAAGAGAAAAAAAAAAGGUAUAACUGGAGACACUUUUUUUUUUCACACUUUUUUCUGUCAGUAUACACAGGUACACGUGUCAGUAUUUCAUGAGUAAGAAUACGGUUGCUCCCGUAAAAAAAGCAACACAAUGCCAUAGUAAGCUGUAAUAUUGCUAUACCAGCCAAUUAUACUGCAGUAAUAAGGUCGAGGAAUACAGUACAAUGAUCAAAAUAUGAAUAUGAUAAUACAUUUGUCCAGACUGAUGUAGUAAUCUGAUGUUUCGGCUCCAAAAGUAUAACGUAGAGUUGGCCUGAAUGCUUGUAAACACUGAGCAUUAAGCUUAAAAAAAUCCCAUCACUUGGUCAAAAAUACCAGAAGAUAAUAGAUCCCUAUUAUCAGGAGUGGCCACAGCAGUGGCCCACAUAGACCACCAAUGUGGGCAGUAUUGAAGUCCAACCAUUUACUUGAUCAAAAAUGAUUACAAUACAAAAACAAGAAGUACGUUAAGACUUUAUGGAUAAUCCCAUUAGCCACAUAAUGUGCAGUGAGGCUGCCCUCUGGUGGAUGCUGUAGCGCUGUUGGUCUGUGCAACCAGACAUAUAAUAGGACUUAUAAUAGGGUUAUAAUAGGACUUUACUCCCACAUGGUGUGUUUGCCUGAUUGGUUUUUAUCAUUAACCAUCAAGUAAAAUGAUGUAAAAAAUAUUAGGUUUUUCAAUUUGAACAAAAUUGGUCCACUCAUGAAAAGAAAGGGAAAAUACCAGUAGAGGGCAGUAGUCCUCCCAUCCACACACUACUACAGGCCCCAGUGACUGUCGGCCUAAUGACAUUGUAUCGAAUUCUUUCAUUCUACCUUUUAAACCCGUCUGGGUCACCGUGGCCACAUCGUGUCAUAUCAAACACUACAGAUACCGUUGAACUUUCACCUCUACCUGUAGCUCCACAAAACUGACUAUCAGUGUUUUAUGUGUAGUACUCAUUAACUUGUUUUGACUGUUGAAGUCUGAGCCUCUGUGCUAAAGGUUAGCUUAACCUCCGUGGGUUGAAGCUUAACCCACACAGGGUUUUUAAAGGCUGCUCCUCUCAUGUAAAAAAACAAACAAACAAAAAAAUAUCACACCACAUCUUAGAUCUUAUCAUUUAAAUAGGAACGGUGGGGGUGGGGAGGGUCAUGGGGGGUUGUACUGAUAAUCACCAGCUUUUAACAAGGUCACCUGACCUGUAGAUGAACAAAGUCGAAAGCUUUUUUUUUUUUUUAAUUAUUUGAACAAACCCGAUGCCAGGUGUUGCAACUUCUUUUUUUUUCUUGUGGUGUGUUUCCUAAUUUCAUUUUUUUCUCUCAUGAACAAAUCUAUGCUUAAGUAACCACUUGCCUUGUAAUAUUGUGUUCAUCUCUGUUCGGAUAAUUAAAUACUGUGUUGUUUACAUGGUAACCAAAUUGUAGAGUAUCUGAGGAUGAAACAAAUACUGUUGCCUAACGAUGCCAAUGAAAGACGAAACAUUAACCAUGAAUUAAUAAGUGCGAGUCAAAAAAAAGAAAAAAAAAGAAAAAACCUGAAGUGUCUAUUAGAGGGAGCCGGUGUGACUUUUUAGUUGUUUGCGUGAGUAGCUUUGCUAAUCAAGAUGAGCUAUGACACUGUAACGUGUUAACACUACAUGUGUGGGUGCAAUGAAGAGAGUCACUAAAGUAAAUAACAUCCAGACUAUAUAUAUUUUUCUACCAUAUCUGAGUUUUAACCUAAGGGUGAGUUGUGCAACAUUUGUGGAAACUCUGGGUUCGAAUGCGACAGGAAUGAGUUGACAGUGAUGAUGAGGAGAGGGGGCGGUCUUAUUCCAGGGUGUGUUUGACCCUGCUGAUGCCAUGCCAGACUCACUGUAUGCCCGGUGUGUUGUUCUAACACGUAGACUGAAGUGUCGGUCAUCAAAGAGAUCACGUUUUCAGAAUUGACCAUUUUAUUUUAAUUUUUUUUUUUUAACUUUAGAAGACGACACUUUGUAAUUUUGUUUCCUUACUCUGCUUUACUCUGAGCUGUGAGAGCAGGACAGCAGCGUUCUGAAAACACAGGGACGACAAAGUCAGAACGUUAAAGAAAAAUUCUGUGUCGAUGAGGGAAAAAAAAAAACUGGACUGGAAGGUGUUUGUUUUGUUGUGUUGGCAGGUUAUUAGACCUUGAAACUCGGUUCAUUUCACUGUACUGUUACACAGGUGACUACACGGGAGGACGUGUUGACAUUCAGAGUACGUGUGUGUGUAAAUUAUUUCAAGUAGUUAACGAAGUCUGUCAACACAUGACAUGCUACACGAACUCCUUGUUUUUCAUGGUCUGGAGUUUUUCCAUAAAAUCUGAUUCUGUUUAGCACUGAUUCUGGACUAGAGGUCGAAUAGGAAAAAGAAAAGUAGGAAGCUAAAGGCCAGCACUAGAAAUAGUUAAGAUUGAAUCCUGGAUUUUUAUUUUACUUAUUGAUACAUUCACAAUGAGGAUGAUUAAAGCCUCUUGAUAAUUGAUAUUUUUCACCUUGUUUAGCAAAACAUAAAAAUUUAAUGCCAUGCUAGCACGUGCUAACUGCUAAUUCUUAGUUAACAUAGCAAUGCAGUUUAUUAACCUAAACUAAUAAUACAAUUAAUUUUAUGUGUAUAUGUACAUAUGUAUACAUACAUAUAUGUAUACAUACAUGUAUAUGGGGUUCUUAUUAUUAUCAUGGUGUAUUAUGGUGUAAACGGAUCCGUCUGUGUGUUGAUUUUAACCGCCUUCUGUGUGUUACCUGUGUAACCGCUAUCUUCUGAUUUACCAUUCAGUCUUUCUCCUAAAAGGCCAAAAAAAUGAUGCACAGCUUGGGAUAGAAAGUAGACAGUGGAGCAUUGUUUACCUGACAAACUUUUAAAAGCAACUUUUCUCAAAUGAUUAUCUUUAGCGCUGCUAAAAUCUGUAGCUCACGGGAUACCUGAUUAUAAAAAACCGUUAACUCCACACAUUUCUGGUUGAACGGAAAGACAAAUUCGGACUUGAACAAACAAUACCGAAACAUUCUUACCUAAUCCGGUAAGAACCAGAUUGAAGCGAACCUAAAAACCAAAAUUUUAUUGGUCGACUGAGCCGAACCGACUAAUCAGCAAGCACGGUGACGUGACUCUGUCUAGAUUCCGUGAUUUGCUGUCAGUACGUGGGGGUAUCACGCCAUUUCCGAGAGUGAAGUGAUUGCGUAUCGAUCGGAUUUCAAUAAUUUAGAAAACAUAACACCGCUAGAUGGCGUAGUUUGGCAUUUUCUGUGGAAUAAAAACGUUUGAGACCGUUCAGCUUUCAUCCAACAGGAUCGGGUUUUGUGAUGUAAAUACCAUUGAAGUUGCGUAACCGUUCUGUAGCGUUCGAUCAAUAAAUGCAGAAUGUGUCUUUUCUCUCUGAACACGGGGGAUAAAACUACAUUGCUCCAGUCUGUGACGUAGUAGCUCUACCUGUCCUGGUGUAACCGUAGCGCCCUCAGCUGUUGGUGGGGCCGCAGUGGCAUCAGGUCAGACCUUCAUCUGGAUGUGACGUGUCGUCUUUAAUAUUCUGGUCUGUUUUCGUAUUAGAAUGUGCUCUUUGGCUGGCCUAGAGGUUCUACAGCUGUUUGUUGUCCUUUAACUGUCAAUUGCUGUUUACCUGUCCAGUCCUGCAAAUGCAAAAAUUAAAACAAAAAUAGAUGAGAAUUAAAAAAAAAAAAAAAAUCAUAAUGAACUGUAGCCUGCUUCUACAAGAUCUGAAAGCUUUUCUGAUUUGCAUAUAUCGUACUGUAAUGUUUUAUUUAAGAUUUUAGUGAAAAUGUCUGCAUUAACUAAAUUAUGGGAAUUAAAAUUACAAAGGAUACCCUAAAACCUAAAA